AUCAGUCGUCCGUUUUAAGUUAACCGUUUUUACUUUAUUAAGCAGUUUUAAAAAGUAAUAAGUAAAUAAGUAAUAAGUAAAAGCUACAACGAGAAGAGAAAUGCGUUUCAUAUACUUCUUUGCUUUUAUUUUGUCGGCCUUUCAUUUGUUUUGUUUGACUUUAGUGCACGGCAAAAGAAAUGCUGAAUAUAGGUCAGACCAGUCAGACCAUAAAGAAAAUUUUAGAUAUUCUGCACUGAAAGAUGAAAAACAAUUACAAGAGGGUCAGCUUAAUUACAAUUUGGUGGUACGUGAUUCACAAAUGCCCCGGUAUGGUUCGUGCUGGAAAAAUGCCUUAAAAGAACUAGAAACGGGUUGCAAACACCUGACAGAUGAUUUGCAAAGGUGGCUGGCUCUCCAGUUUACAAAUUGUUUUUUAGAAAAAGCUGGGCAAACCACAUACCCAUGUGACAACAAUGACGAUAUUAGUGUAUGCCUAAGCCAGAUGAAUAAUAAUGGCUUCACAGCAUUUACAAACUUCUUCACUCAUACCCAGAGUAUGUGUUACUUUCUCCAGACACAAGUAUGGCAAGAAGAAACAGAGAAUACAGUUGCUAAGUUGACAGACAAUUCAAUGAAAGUUGUUCAGACACUGGAGGACACUAAUGAAUUACAAGAUGCAAUUUUGGAAGCUCAACGAAAAUCCCUUUCUCAACAAGAACGUCUUCUAGAAAGUAGCUCUCAACUGGGCAUUGCUCUUGACAUGUCUAAAGAUAAUGUUAAAGAUAUGCUUGAAGAAUUCAGGUCAUCCACUAGUGAACAGAGAAAUAUGAUAUUUGAAGUCUUUGACAGACUUUCAAAACUCCAGAAUCUUGUAUUAGGAGAGGUGUCAGGAUUUUAUAGUCUAAUAUUCUAUCCAACGGCUUUACUGACGGUUUAUUUACUGACAUCCACUUCUCGUACUGCUGCGGCUCGCUUCUGGCUGUUCGUCCUUUUCGGUUGUAGUUUGGCGUUGGAACGAUGUAUUGUCCAUUGGACCGUUACUGAUGAAAACGGAUAUUUGCCAGCCGAUGAAGCCUCCAAAGAAAUGUAUUGGAGAAUAUGGCUCGUCCGCAAGGCUGCCAUGACAUUUUGCGUUCUAUUGCUGUCCUACUUCGCUUACAGCUUUCAGGACUAUAACCUUAUAAACAACAAUCUGUUAAUGCAAAUUCAGCGGCAAAACAUGGAGCUCAAAGGUUUUUUUGAAAGCAUCGGUGGAGUUGGGAAUGCAAAAACGAUGUCGUCUGAUGAGAUAGACUUCGAAAAGAAGAAAUUAUUGCUCGAUUUUGAAGACAGCUCUGAUAGCGAAUUCUCUUACGAUUCCGAGGCAAGCGAUGGUACUUACAUUCCAUCGGAGGAUGACGAUGCAUUCAUUACAGCCAAAUCACGGGCGUCCAGUGUGGUUCCCAGUCCAGACAUCCUGCACGUUUCUUUUGAUGAAAUUAAAAAGGAGAUCAAGCCCGAACGGUCUGCAUCACGUUCUAGCCAAAGCAGCCGUUGCAACACACCAGUCAUUCAGUCUUCUUAUAAUCUUCGAAGUCGCUCAAGUCUUCGACCUCUUAACACAUCUGCUGUGAGCAAUGACAUGAAAAAUGAAAGUCCAGAGCUGUUUGGUCGAAAGGUGAAAGAGAUGGAGCGCAUCGCACGAAACAAUGCUCGACAGAUGAUUAAGUCAGUAAAGAAAAAUACUCCCUCCUAUUUUUCCUCUGAUGAUGAGUAGCUGUUACUUUUAUUUAUAUUUUUUCUUUAUUCAAAAUUCUAAUUACUAAUUAACUUACAUCUGUACCUUAACAUCAAAGUUGAAACAAGCUUAAGCUCAUUUUUCGCUCACGUUUCCCACUUUGUUCUCGUGUAACUGAUUAGCGGGGAGAGUGUGACCGCGUUCUCUUAAUGGCGUGCUGAUUUCAAAUCUCUGCUUAACAUAUCCUUUAACUUUCAGCGCAAAUUUCAUUUCAAAUUCAAAUUUAUCACCACAUAUUUCGAUAUAUUUUUUAUCGCCAUCGAAGAAGUCGCUCAUUCAAUGAUAAUUUAUAUAUUAUUGUACAUAUUGGCUUACAUUCCACUAAAAAUAAAUGAAAUUGUUUUUUUUUAA